AUGGACGGAGCGGGUCAGUGUUACAGCGGAGAGGAGCGGACCACUGGGAAUCGAACCUGUGUGACAUGACCAGUGUCCCACCAUGUGAGGUUUGAACUGGGAAACAGCUGUGCGACUGGGAGAGGGGGGGCACGCAUCUGGAGCAGAUAAACACAGUGUGCAGUGGGGGAAUGGGUCUCAUCUCUUUCUGGUCCAAAUGGAGAAUAAAGGGAGCGACGAGGCGGAAAAAUUGAAGACAAAGUUCUUGUCGGCCUGGAACAAUGUGAAGUACAGUUGGGCUCUGAAAUCAAAGACCUCAUUCAGUAGAAAUUCCCCAGUGCUCCUUCUGGGAAAAUUUUACCAUUUCAAGGCUGAAGAUGACGACGGUCUCACAGACGCCUGCUAUGAAGCCUCCAAUGACGACUGCGUCAUGGGGAACGCUGAAGCUUUCCGGAAGGACUUUGCGUCUCGAGUGUGGCUGACCUACAGGGAGGAGUUCCCUCCCCUGCCCGGCUCCGCCCUGACCUCCGACUGUGGCUGGGGCUGCAUGCUGAGGGCCGGGCAGAUGAUGCUGGCUCAGGCUCUGAUUCUGCACUUCUUGGGCAGAGACUGGACCUGGUCGGCGGCGCUGAACCUCCAGCCCUUGGACGCAGAGACGUGGACCUCCACCGCAGCCAAACGUCUGGUGGCCUCUCUGGAGGCUUCUCUACAAGGUUCCCAAGGGCCCUCGGAUCCCGGGUUAAAACACAUGCCUCAGGCCCUGGGAUCUGCAGAGGAGGCAGAUGCACACCUGAAAGAGAUGUACCACCGCACACUGGUGUCCUGGUUCGGGGACAGCCCCUCGGCUCAGCUGGGCCUCCACAGGCUGGUCCGCUCAGGCCUGUCCAUGGGGAAACAGGCAGGGGACUGGUAUGGACCUGCUGUGGUGGCCCACAUACUCAAGAAAGCUGUCGAGGAGGCGAUGGACCCUGGCUUGGCGGGUAUAACUGCCUAUGUCUCCCAGGACUGCACAGUGUACAGUGGGGAUGUGGUUGAUAGCCACGGGGCAGCAGCAGCAGGGCAGCCCUCUGCCGAGCCGGCGGCCGACCCUCCUCCUCCGCUGCAGAGCGACCGGCCAGCGUCUGCCUCCACGCCACCGGACGACCGGGCGGUCAUCAUCCUCAUCCCUGUGAGGCUGGGGGGGGAGAAGACCAACCCUGAGUAUUUUGACUUUGCAAAGAGCAUACUGAGCCUGGAGUACUGUAUAGGCAUCAUCGGAGGGAAGCCCAAACAGGCCUGCUACUUUGUAGGAUUUCAAGAUGACAGCUUGAUUUACAUGGACCCUCAUUACUGUCAGUCUUUUGUGGAUGUCAGCACCAGCGAUUUCCCUCUGCAGUCGUAUCACUGCCCCUCGCCAAAGAAGAUGCCUUUCAGCAAGAUGGACCCGAGCUGCACCAUCGGUUUCUACUCGAGAAGCGUCCAGGACUACGAGAGGAUCAGCCAGGAGCUGUCUAAGGUGCUGCAGCCGUCAGCCAAGGAGAAAUACCCGGCGUUCACGUUCGUGCAAGGUCACGGCCGAGAUUACGACCUGUCGGCGGGCCUGACCCCGGAGAAGAGAGAGUGGCCCUUCAUCCGUGACCCGAGCAGGACGGUCACCACCGCCGGGGACUUUGUGCUGCUCUGACAGGACGGGUUUAAAAGACUCUACCGACGGGGAACUUCCUCCUCGUAAGGUGCAAACUGCCACGUCCGUUGUGACACUGAUGUUAUUUUUCAAAAACUCCUUUUAAACUUCAUUCGGCAUUUGGUUUCCUAAUUCGUCCUGGAAACUUUGUUGCUGGGCACUUUUAGACCAAAAUGUGGUUUAACUGGUUGUCCAGUAACAUGAGUGCACGGAGUAAUUUGUCUGGAACACGGUGUUGAAUUUAAUCACCCAACAUUUUGAUAAACUCAUCCAGGAAAUAACAGCAUUUAGGUGAACCCGUAUUCUUUCAGCACCGUUAUUUGUAUUUGUAGUUCAGCACUCCCAUGUUAACAUGCUUUCUGAAUUCAUGCAGCAGCGUUGUCUAACUUUUUAAAGGUUUAUGAAGUACUUCACCUGUAGACAGAGAUUAUCAAGUGUAGAUGUCAGCAGGGUCCUGACGUCGAGGAAGAACCUUAAUGAAUACAUCUCUGGAGACAAAGUAUCUUAACAACUUCUCCUCUAAUACAUUUCACCCACCUGAAAAACCUCAGCCACACGAGCACCUCGAUGUGUCGUUUCUUUUGUUCACACUCAUUCUGUCUCUUAGCAAUAAUCUGAUAAUAAGACUGUGUUCUCGUCCCGCUGGUCUUCAUGUUGACUGAGUCGUGCCGCUGCCGUGAAAGUGACCAGACGGUGGAAAAGGAGGUGGAGGUGGAGGUGAUGAUGUUUGGUGCUGCACCUCACUAAGCACUGCCUGUUAUCAAUUAACCUUUACAACAGGAUGGGUUAGAUGUACUGUAUACACAGAACAUUUCAAUAAAAUCAUGAAUAUUCUGAGCCUCAGUUUCAGGGAAUUGCAGUAAAGGAAGAAAUACGAUAAAUUUCUUCCAGUCAUUAUUAUUAUUUGUAUUUUUUGUAGAACUGAAACCAUUUGGUCGAUUAUUUCAAAGCAUUUUGUCUAACAUUUCAUUUUGUGUUUCUUCUUUCUUUUGACGAUCUAUUGCAGAUUUUACAAAACACUUUUAGAACAACUGUACUGAAUAUGAAAUAGAAGUGAAGAUGCAGACUUGAAUAUAUGUUUGGGUACGAAAAAACAUGCACUUUAGUUCAUCAAGUUGUCCAACUGUUGAAUCUUUCUCAUGUGUUUUCCUCCAUCACAACACCUGCAUUUAGUUUCUUUGAGAUAACCUUGCUAAAUAAAUUUCUGCAAUUUAAUGUUGUUCUUUUUGUUCAAAC